AUGCCCGGCUCGUCCUCGGCGCCUCGGCGCGGGCCUUCCUCGCAGCCGCCGCCGCCGCCGCCGCCUGCUCCUGCUCCUUCCCCGCAGGUGUCGGUGUUCCCUUCCCCGCAGGAGCUGGGCUCCGCCCUGGCGCAGCUGGUCUCCCAGCGGGAGGCGCAGUCGGGCCCCCGCUUCUCUCUGGGCCUCUCCGGGGGCAGCCUGGUCCGCCUCCUGGCCCAGGAGCUGCCCUCCGCCGCCGCAGAGCCCGCCCGCUGGCUCCUGGCCUUCGUCGACGAGCGCCGCGUCCCCCUCGGGCACCCAGACAGCAACUACGGCGCCUACAAGACAUAUCUCCUUCCCAAACUUGCUGUACCUGAGGACCAAAUUGUUGUUAUCAACCCUUCACUAACUGUAGAAGAAGCAGCUGCAGAUUAUGCCGUGAAGCUGAAAGAGGCUUUCCAGGGUGAUGAUAUGCCUGUGUUCGACCUCUUGAUCUUGGGAGUGGGGCCAGAUGGACACACCUGUUCACUUUUCCCAGAUCACCCCCUCCUACAGGAGCGGGAGAAGAUAGUGGCUGCCAUUAGUGAUUCUCCAAAGCCACCACCAGAACGGAUCACCCUGACCCUCCCAGUGCUGAAUGCAGCGAGGAGUGUGGUGUUUGUUGCCACUGGGGAUAGCAAGGCUGCUGUGAUAAAGCGCAUUUUGGAAGGUGAUGAGGAAAACCCACUACCAGCUGCUCUUGUCCAACCUCAUACUGGAAAGCUGUAUUGGUUUUUGGAUGAGCCAGCUGCGAAGGAGUUGACGAUUCCCUUUGAGAAACACUCCAUCUUGUAGAAGCUCAUCUCCUGCACCCUUUAGGGUUGGAGAAAAAUCCACCAAGGACGGGUUGUGGGUAGAGCCCCAGCCCACUAACAUUCCAGGGCACAGUCUCCACGUCUGGUUGUAGCACUCAGGAGCAGUACUAAACUAAAAAACACACACACACUUUCUGUUUCUUUUCCUCCCUUAUUUUUUUUAAAGAAGUGGUACAUUUGUGGAGCACUGUGUAACUGAUAUGAUUAUUUCUUUAGACAGGACAAAGUGUGAAAUAGGACCUGGUGAGUCCAGCUACUAGAUGUAAAGGGAAUCGCAGGGAACAGCAUUAUAUACAGUCUUUUAUCAUGUGAAUGGUCUAAUGUGGUGUACAAGUGAACGCACAAUUAAAGAUGUAAAAUAAAGCCACAGUGCUGGCGCAGUGUG